AUGUCGACUUCGAAACCAGUCGAAUGGGUGACAGCACUAAUUCAACGAUUUGAAGAUCAAUUACCAAUCAAAUGUGGAGAAUUAACAAAUCCUAUGCGGUCAAAUUUAGAACAAAACAAAGAAUGCCUUAUCGCAUUAAGUCGAUUUAAAUUCUCACUCGUUAUUAAUGGAUUAACGGAUAUCUUAAAAACAAUUGACAAUACUAGAUUUGGUGGAUAUGAUCAAGAAAAGAAUAUUUAUGAAUCAUAUUUAAUUGUACUUGAUGCUGUUGAACAAUGUUUAGCAAAUACAAAAGAUUUAAGUACUAGUCGCUUGGAUGAAGCCAUAUAUGUUAAUAAAUUACUGCCCGUCGUUUGUAAACUUUUGAAUGUCCCCGGUGAUGGAAUAACAGUUCAACAAGUUCGGCAAUUAGCUUCGAAUGUAUUAUUUGCAUUGAGCGUGAACAAUUUUGGUACACUGUUUAGUAAAGUUGUUUCAAGACUGGAGUGCUUGAUUGUAUCUGGUGAUGAAACGUGUGAAGCCGGUGAUCUUGAUCUUAUUCAACAUAUGAAUGUAGAUAUGCUUAAAUUAACAAGACUUCUCAAUGAGGAAGUUCAGAAAUGGAGAUUACUUAAAAAAUUUCAUCAUACAGAAUUAGUAAAAAGUGUUGAAAAAGCUAUUUGGAAUUGGUUGGACACAUAUCCAGAAGAAUUUACUGAUUUACAAAAAAGACCUAAUGCUGAAUUAAGUGGUAAACAACAUUCAGCUGGUGGAACUGAAUCUGCAGCUGUUGUUACAUUUGUUAAAUUAUGUAAAGCAGCUACAUACAUUAAUAAUAAAGAUUCAAAUAAUGUUUUGUUUGUUAUGGUACAAUCAGUUAUUGGUGAUUUAAAACAAAUAUUAUUUAAUCCAUCGAAACCAUUUUCACGUGGUCAAGAUAAAAUUAAUUUUGAUUUAGAAUUAAUGAUUGAGUUUUUUCUGGCUUGUCUCAGAUUAAAUCCACAUAAUAAUGAAGUUCUAAAAGUUUGCUUAAAUUUAUCAUCACCAGCAAUGUUUCAUUAUGUAUUGGUGAAAGCACUCUAUAGAAUCAUAACACAAAAACGUUUAGCUUGGUGGCCACAAAUUGAUAUUGUUUAUUCACGUGCUGGAGAAUUACGAAAUAUGUUUACAGAUACAUUAAAUAAAGUUUCACAAUCAUCAACAUUUUCAACAACACCACUAAGAAUCUCAGGUAUCACAGGUGUUAGUACAUUGAAAGAUAUUUUAUUUAAUCCACAACAAUUACGUUCACAAUAUUCACAAGCAUUUAAAUCAAAAACAUCCGAUCGAUUAGCUUAUGACGAAGGGCCAAAUAAUCGUGAAUUACUUUUGUGGAUUGUACGUUUAAUUAUAGUUGAUCCAUAUUUAAUGUUACAUAAUCCAAAUAAACUCGAUCACGAGACUCAGAUGUCAACAUUUGAAUUAAUAAAUGGUCUUGUGUCUCUUGUGCAUGAUACGUCAAUGAUGCCUGAUGUUGCUCAUACAGCUAUGGAAUCUUUAUUAGUUUUACAUGAAACACGAAAUAUUGAAUUGUGGAAUCCAGAAGCAUCAAUAAAUACAUUUUGGUCAAUAUCAAGUCAAGUACUUUUUUCUAUAUCACAAAAAUUAGUUUUGCAUCAAAUCUAUGAGUAUACAUCUGUACUACGGUGGUUACGAGAAAUUCUUAUUUUACGUAAUGCAUUUCUUUUACAUCACAAGGAUAAUGCUUAUCUUGGUUCAAAUAUUCCAAUGGCUAAACAUGCACAUACAAAACUUGAAAUUGUCUUUUUUAUUUAUCUAUGGUCAAUUGAUCCUGAAGCUGUUAAAAUUGCGAUGUCAUGUUUUGCCUUAUUCGCCUAUGAAGCUGAUAUUCGUUUUGGUUUUGAUGAAGCAGCUGUAUUAACAAUUCUACCGAAUUAUAAUAUUUAUAUGGAAUUAUCAACGGCAUCAACUACAUUAGUUACAACUGGAAGAAAUGCUUUACAGAAAAAAAUUCUUUCAUUAUUAAGACGAAUCGAAUAUGCAACACCAGGAAAUAAACAAGCUUGGUACGAUACAUUUGUUAGUCAACAGCAUUUGGCUAAGUUUUUGGCAGUUUAUCCGAAGAGAGUUGAUGAUUUGGGUAGUGCAGGAUCAACAGCUAGUUCACCAUCAGUUAGUGCAAGUGAAACAAGUGGUUUUGUUGGUGGUGGUUAUGCAAAAUUUGGUAAAAGACGUGCUGGAGUUCAUUCAAGUGAACAUGAUAUUGAGGAUGUUUUUCAUGAAUGGGCAAAUAUGACUGGAUUUUUAUGUGCACUUGGAAGUGUUUGGUUACCAAUUAAAAAUCGACCCGGCCAACAUGGAAUACCGGCGGAUACUCGACGAACAUCAAUGGAACCAGUUAGCUCAGAUCUACACUAUUGUCCUGUAACACAAUUUGUUGGGGAUUGUCUAAAAUAUUUGGUUUGUCAAAACGAAAAAUUUGGUGUUCAAAUUCAACGUCACAUUCAAGAUUUACUUGGUCAUGAACUUAAUCCAUUAUGUUAUCCAAUAUUAUUUGAUCAAAUAAAAAUUCAAGUUGAUAAAUUUUUUGAUGCUAAUGGUCAAGUUAUUUGUUCAGAACAAAAUACUCAGUUUAUCGAUAACGUUAUUGUUAUAAUGCGUUCUGUAUUUGAAAUGAAAGCUCAGCAAGCAGCUCAAAAUUCAUUAGAAGGACCAACAACAACAACUGGCUCAUCUAAUACUUUAGUUGUACCAGGCAAUAAUACAGGUUCGUCGGCAUCUGUUGUUGGUGGAUCAUCUAGUGAUCCAAAUUCAAGUUCAGCAGCUGGAAGUGGACGUGGUGGACCUCAACAAGUCAACGAAAAUCCAUUAGCUAAUGUUAUUAUUUUGGAACAACUUGUCUUGAAUAUCGUUCGUUAUGCACGACAUUUGGAUACAAGUGUUGGUGCUGUUACUAUUCGAAUACGUGUUUGUCAACUCGUCGAAUCGAUGAUGAAGAGACGUGAUGAUUUAUCAUUUAGACAAGAAAUUAAAUUUCGAAAUAAACUUGUUGAAUAUCUAACUGAUUGGAUUAUGGGAAAUUCACAUCAAUUUAAUCAGGUUCAUGCAUUAGGUCAAUCAGCAGCUGGUGUUGGUGUUGGCAGUGGUGUCAAUGUAACAACAUCUCAAUUAGUUGUUGAUCAAUAUCAACAUUUAACACGUGAAUUAGAUCAAGCAUCAAUGGAAGCUGUUGCUUCAUUGCUUCAUUCACUUCCAUUACAACCAGAGGAAAGUGAUCGAGGUGAUUUAAUGGAAGCAAAAUCUCAAUUGUUUCUUAAAUAUUUUACUUUAUUUAUGAAUUUAUUAAAUGAUUGUGGUGAUGAUCUUAACGAUGAUCAAAGUUCAUUAUCUGAGCAUCAUCAAGCCAAUAAUGAAAGAGGAACAUCAAAUCUUAUAAGUCAAACGCAACAACAACAACAACAACAACAGCAACAACAGUCACAAUUAAUUAAUCAGUUACAACAAAAGCAACAAUCAUUGAGAAAUUCAACAAUUGUUGCUAUGUCAAAUUUACUUGCAGCAAACAUUGAAAGUGGUCUUAUGCGAAGUAUUGCUUUGGGUUAUCAUCGUGAUCCUCAAACUCGAGCAGCUUUUAUGGAAGUAUUAACACAAAUUCUUCAACAAGGAACUGAAUUUGAUACAUUAGCUGAAACUGUACUUGCUGAUCGAUUUGAACGACUUGUUGAACUUGUAACAAUGAUUGGAGAUAAAGGAGAGUUACCAAUAGCUAUGGCAUUGGCCAAUGUCGUUUCUCCUCAAUAUAUGGAUGAAUUAGCUCGCGUGUUUGUAACAAUAUUUGAUGCAAAACAUUUACUUCAUCAAUUAUUAUUAAAUAUGUUUGCAAAAGAAGUUGAAAUGGCUGAUUGUUAUCAAACGAUCUUACGUGGAAAUGGUUUACCAACAAAAAUUAUGUCAUUCUGUUUCAAACUUUAUGGUUCACAUUAUUUAUAUAACUUAUUUGCGCCAAUCUUAGCAAAAAUGUUCAUAGCUGAUUUACGUUCAUAUGAAGUUGACCCAUCACGUAUUGAACAACAUGAACAAUUGGAUGAAAACAGAAAAAAUUUACGUUUAUUAACACAUGAUGUUUUUCAAGCAAUUGGUGAAUCAGCUUCACAAUUUCCAUUGCAAUUAAGAAUUUUAUGUUCAUGUCUAUAUCAAGUUGUUCAACAACGAUUUCCACAACAUCCAUUACAAGCUGUAUCAACUGUUAUAUUUCUUCGUUUUCUAAAUCCAGCUCUUGUUCUUCCGCAUGAGUUUGGUAUCGUCGAUGCUGAACCAUUACCGCGUAUAAAACGUGGUCUAACACUUGUAUCGAAAAUUCUACAAAAUAUAGCAAAUAAUCUAAUAUUUACAAAAGAAUUUCAUAUGCGUUGUUUCAAUGAUUAUCUUCGUUCGACAUUUGAUGCAGCAACAAAUUUUGUUUUAUCAAUAAGUGAACCAAUUAAUUUAACAGCAAUAAUUCCAUCGGAUGAACAUCAACCGAUCGAAAAUCAUGUAUUAGAUUCAGCAGCACUUUCACCAACAUAUCCAAUGUCUUAUAUAAGUGAUGCCAAUGUUUUAGCAUUACAUCGACUUCUUUGGUAUCAUCAAGAAAAAAUUGGAGAUUACUUAUCAAGUGGAAGAGAUCAUAAAGCGAUUGGACGACGACCUUUUGAUAAAAUGGCAACACUAUUGGCUUAUUUAGGACCACCUGAUCAUAGACCGUUGGAUUCACAAUGGAUCUCAUAUGAUAUGACAGCCACUAAAUUCGAAGAACUUAUGGCCAAAACACAAAUGCAUGAAAGAGAAGAAUUCAAAUCAUUAAAAGCUCUCAAUAUAUUCUAUCAAGCUGGCUUUAGUAAACAAAAUAAUCCCGUAUUUUAUUACAUAGCUCGUCGUUUUAAAGUCAAUGAAAUGAAUUGUGAUCUAUUAAUCUAUCAUGUAUUAUUAACAUUAAAACCAUUUCAAGCAAAACCAUUUGAAUUAGUUGUUGAUUUUACUCACACAUGUACUGAUAACCGUUUUAAAACUGAUUAUUUAUCAAAAUGGUUUAUCUGUAUGCCUGAUUGUUUCUAUUAUAAUCUUCAAGCAUGUUAUAUCUAUAAUUGUAAUUCAUGGGUACGUGAAUAUACAAAAUAUCAUGAUAGAAUUUUAUCAACAAUCAAAGGUUCACGAAAAUUAAUAUUUCUUGACCAUAUAUCACGUUUAAAUGACUUUAUCGAAUUUGAUCAACAAAAAUUACCGGGACAUACAUUAUCACUCGAGGAAGAUCUUAAAGUAUUUAAUAAUGCAUUAAAAUUAUCUCACAAAGAUACAAAAGUAGCAAUUAAAGUUGGUCCACAAGCAAUACAAGUAACAUCAAGUGAAAAGACAAAAGUUCUCGGUCAAAGUGUUUUGUUGAAUGAUGUUUAUUAUGCAUCAGAAAUUGAAGAAGUUUGUCUUGUUGAUGAUAAUCAAUUUACAUUAACCAUCGCUAAUGAAACUGGACCUUUAUCAUUUAUUCAUAAUGAUUGUGACAAUAUUGUUCAGGCUAUUAUUCACAUUCGAACAAGAUGGGAACUUGCUCAACCUGAUUCAAUACAAAUUCAUAAUAAAAUUCGUCCCAAAGAUGUUCCAGGAACAUUGUUGAAUAUUGCAUUAUUAAAUUUAGGUUCACUUGAUCCAUCAUUACGUUCUGCAGCUUAUAAUCUUUUGUGUGCAUUAACACAAACAUUUGAUUUACGUAUUGAAGGACAAUUACUUGAAUCAU